CCUACUGCUACUACUGCUGCUAGUAUUACUUCUACGCACAACCCGACAACCCACCGGUCACUGGAGACAAUGUAAUUGAAACAGUAAAUUAUCGGAAAGAGCCACACUGCAACGGUGUCGCGUGUCAGAGGUGAAACCAUGGCCAAAAAGGGGGGCGGCAAAAUGUUCAUGGCGUUGUUCAACGUCACAAUUGUGAUAAAACACUUAAUAUGUAAAGCUUCCGUAUAUUGGCCGGAUCAACACUUACAUCACCGUAGCGGGUAGGAACGGUUUUGCAGAAAGCAUGUUAAAUAUUAUUUAGCAGUAAUUUUCGAUUUCUUCACGGAUAUAAUUAUAUCUAUUUUUGUUCCUCAAUGGGGAAAAGAUGAACGGAAGAUAAAUUGAUUCGUUUUCUUUAUUACACGCGAAGGUCCUGCUACAGGAAUGGAAUUUUUUGCAAGAUAAAAAAAAGGAAAAAUUAACCUCUCACCAGAACUUUCGUGACGUCAGCGUACACGUGAAAUUAUUCCACAACGCUCCUUUCAAAUAUUUUUGCGCCACACAAGUUUACUCUUUCGCACCACAUUCUGACACAAGUUUACUCUUUCUCUCUUAAGCGAUUACAUGAUCUCCCUUCUCUUUUUAUGCUCUCGUUAGUAACUGGAGAUCGAUGUGUGUGUGGAGCAUGAAGCUUGAGUAGCGUACGCAUACCAAAAAUGUUUCCCACGUGGGUACGCAAUUAUCGCUGUGUGCGUGAUGCGCAAUACAUCCUGUAAUACGCACACAUUGACAUAGCGCACGCAAGAUCCACGUGCUGUCAGCAUAACUUGGAAGGAAUCUGAGCAGUUCGCAUCGUCUCGUUACACGGACGUUUUUCGUGAAGAAAAAACCCGCUUAAACGAUACGGGAAUAAUAUUUAUUGUGCGUUAUCGAAUUAAAGUGUAGUGCACCUUAUAAUAUAGACUGCAACAAUGCCUAUUAACUGGCUAAAUCAAGAGUUUCUAGUGCACUACAUUAACGGGCAGUGCAUCAUUCGGCUCAGCAGCAACAUGCAAGAAACGCAACGAGCGGUGGAAAUCUUUGUCAGGGGAAUACCAAAAAAUUUUGGACCGAACGAGUUGGUUCCGGUAUUUUCGGGCGCUGGCCUAAUCCGUUCCAUUCGCCUGCUGAUGGAUUUUAGACAACGCAACCGAGGCUUCGCGUACGUGAGCUACGUUAAUCCGAAGAAUGUUCCGCGCGCUUUAACAUUGUACAACGGGAUGAGUAUUGCAGUGAACCAUAAGUUAGCACUGUUCCGAUGCCGAGAAGCACGCACUCUGUACAUUUACAGAAUAUCGGACGUUUUCACGGGCUAUACGCUAUCGCAAACGAUAAAGCAUAUAGUUUAUGUGCAGAACUUUGAAUCUCAAGUAUUUCACAAUGGACGUUACCUAGUAGGAAUGUUGACGUUUACAUCGCAUCGUGAUUAUCUGCAGGCAUAUAUUAAAAUUAAACGUAUGCGACAUGUUUUCGGAUCAUCCUGUUGGCUUAUGCCAAUGGCACGCCAAUGAAACACCGAUACUGCUGGAUAAAUUAAUUCUAAUAUUUAUCCAAGCACAUUCAGUUAGUUUUCUUAUUUUUAUAUAAUUUUCACCUGUUGAUACUUCAGAUCAUUUUUAAAUCUUCAUUUUUGAGACUAAUCAACUGUCUUAGUUUUGUCUUUUCAAACAUAUUUUUAUAUUUAUCGCAAGACAAUAUUGUCUUACAUGUUUAAUUUUGCAAUAAUUAA